GUUAAGAGUGUGUUGUACCUACCUAGCCUCACUAGCCUAGCCUACCUAGCUAAGCUACACCAUCAGCCUGGAGCGUAUAGCAAGCUAGAUUGUUCUCGUUUAUCGUAAAGAUAGCUCGGUCGUUACCUAACGCUAGCUACCUUUCAUGAUGAGAGUUGUAUUAGAAAUUGUGCCACGGUGAUCAACUGAUGAAUGCGCAUCGUUCUGUGGACAUUAUGGCAGCCUGAUUCGGGACUAACAUUAUCUGACGUUAACAUCACAUCAACUAAGGUUCAAUGCAUUUGAUGGCUAUGUAACAAUUAACCUAGCCAGCUAACUUUUGAACCUAGAGUGAAAUUAUUUUUUUGAUCAGUCAACAUUACCCGUGUGGGUUUGACGUCGGUGGCUAUUGCCGAAUGUGGUUUAACCAAGCAAAGAAACUGUUUGGAAACGAAUUAGAAGAUGGAGGACUUUUCUGACCCAGAGCUCCAUUCAAAGUGUCUCCUUACAUUGGACAGCUUGCUCUGAACGUGUCUUCUCCUGACCCACUGUUCCCGCUGGGCUGCUUGCAUCUCAUUCGAUUUAAAAUGGAUGGGUUGGUGAACGCAGACUUCAGCGCGGAUGGAGGGAAUGGAUCGAUUAAGGUGGACAGCCUCUCGAAGACCGUCAUAUUUAAAGGUCUUGCCCCCCGAGUGGUUCUGUCAAACCGUCUCCUUCCCAAGGGUACCAAGACCAAGGUAAACCUGGAGGAGCAGGGUCGACAGAAGGUGUCCUUCAGCUUCAGCCACACAAAGAAGCCGAUACAGACCCUAUUCUCAGCCCCGCAGAGCCCAGACAAAAACAGCGAAGCUCAGUCCUCUUUGUCCCCUCUGUCCCCUCUUUCCCCUCUACCUGCUGCAACCUCACCCCCUCCAGAGCAAGCAGUGCAACCUGCGGAACUUAAAAACGAUAAAACUGAUGCACCAAGAGUUUCCCCCCCUGCACCAGAAACCAUUUCACAUCAAGCUUUCAUCUCUCCACUGCUGAGGCCUAGAGUGGACCUGGUGAAGAUGCAUUUUAAGAAGCAUUUUCUUAGUGUGUCUGUCAUUGAAGAGGGUCCUAGAGCCAGUGUCUUAUCGGAGGAGGCACCUCCAGAGAAGGAGGUCCAAGUCCAAUCUAUAUCCAGAGUUGAAACUGAGCCAUCAGUGCCCCCGGCCAAGGAUAAUGAUGAUGACCCUGGCAUCAGUGUCACAGAAGCAAAAACAGUGGCAACGCAGGAUUCCAGCUUGCCUGGACCAACCCAUUCUUCCCAUAUUGGGAAAGAGGACAAAGACUGUCCUGCGGUCACAUUGCUUGAAGAUGGCAAAAAGGGCCCAUGCCAAUCUGACAGCACUCUACCUGGUUCAGAAUCAGACGGAGAUUCUGUGCGAACAUCCUCCAGUCAAAAGUCGGCAGAUCCCAAAAGUUCAGUCAAAUCUGAAACUCUGACCAAGGAAGUUAAAAAGCUACCUUCAGUUCCCAAGGUUGAAGAGUCGGAUAAGAAAUCUAGAACUGAGAGAAGUGAAAAGGUCCCCAGUCAUUCUAAGUCAGAUCGUGAAGAUAGACGGACAUCUACACGGUCCUCCCGUACCGACAAAGACCGCAGGAGGACCAAGAGCCGCUCAAGGUCCAGGUCUCGGGGUACUCGUUCAAGUUCUUCCUAUUCUAGAUCAGAGCGAUCAAGAACCGACAGGCAGUCAAGAUCUGAUAGGUCACACUACCAUGACUCUGAUCGGAGGUCUCAUCGGAGCUCCCCCCAUAGAGAGUCCCGAAGUUCACGCUCUCGAGCUGGUCGCAGAUCCAGAGACAGCUCCGACUCUGAGGAUGAUCAUCGGAGGACCCGUUCUCGUGGCGGUGACACCAGCAGAGCGUCCACCCGCUCUAGCUCUCAGAGAGACUCAAAGUCAUCUUAUUCAAAAUCGCACAAAGACUCGAAGUCAGUAGAGUCCUCUCGUUCGUCAGAGUUGGACAAAAAAGCUCAAUAUUCCAAAUCUGAGAGGUCCAGUGGAAGAACACAUGACUCUGAAAACAAGAGACAUUCCCCAGAUUCGGAAUCUGUUUCAAGGAAGUCUAGUACACACUCCAAAACUGAAAGCAGCUCCAAGGCGUCUCAUUCUAGUCCGUCAUCAUCAACUCGUUCCUCUGAAAAGAAAGCACGAAAAAGUAGUGGUAGUUCUGAUUCUGAUGAAGAACAUAAACGGAAGUCUCAGUCGCAAGGGUCAGACAGAUCUUCAGGCUCAUGCAGUUCCUCUUCUAAAAAAACAGAUCAGCUUGACUCCAUAUCCCCACCUAGCACGACUGCAUCGGAGAUCAGACAAUCAACUGAUAAAAUGAGCAGUCCAACCAGGAAGUCAACACUGAUGAGCCCAGACAAUAAACCUGAAAAGAUGGAUGUGGCUUCUAGACAAUCUGAGGUUAGCUUGAAGUCAGGUAUUUCUGAAGGAGAUCAGAAAGUUUCACUGGUUCUUAACUCAAAAGAUAAUUUUAAUGAUCCCUCUAUUCAGGUUGCAAGCAGCAGCCCAUCAAAAUGUCAGAGUUCUCAAAAUGUUGUCCCUGUCUUGGAAAAUCAACUGAGCCCUUUUUUAAACAGCACAGAGAAGGUAUCAUGUGAGGAAGUAGACAGCACAGUUAAACAGACAGAUGUUUGUCAUGAUGCCAAAGGUUGCUCCACAAAUAAUCAAAUUGAUACAUUAAAUCAUGUAUGUGAAGUUAAAGAAAACACCUCUGCAUUAUCGGAAACGCAGGUAAAUGUAGCAUAUUUUAAUUCUAUCAGUGAAAAUAGUGAUUUAUUACAAAGCUUGAAUACGGUUGUUGGUCCUGACAAUAGUGUUUGCCAAAAUUCAGAGAGCGCAAAAGUAGACAUGCUUUCUGUGAAAGAAUCACCAUGUUCAGAAUCCUUAACGCAAGACGCUAAAUCUGAUGACCAUAUGCAUUCCAGCGUGGACGUUAACCCCAUGCCACCGUGCACAGAUAUCACUUCUUGUGUAGAUCCUUUACCUAAGAAUCAGGAUGCCAAGAAGCUUGAUGAUAAAAAGGACCAGCCAGAAUCUGUGCCAUUGAAGAAACUGGGUAAUGUGAAAAGAUCACGCUGGGAUAUUGUUGGACAAGACACCCCAGAAUGUGAAAUUCCUCAGAAAAUUGUUAGUCAGGAUGCUAAGCCCCCUGUGAAGAAGGUUGUUUCGGUAAAGAGAAUAGAGUUCAACAAAGACAGCACCCUUGAAGAUCCAUGCGUUAAGAAAGAUUCCUUUUUGAAAAAGAACACCGAGGUAGAUUCCAAAAAACCCUUGGAUGUUCAGAGGAUAGAGAGGUUGCAUACAGAAUCUUUGGAGUCGUCAGCUCCAAAAGGCCCGACAGACUUACCACUGAAAGUGGACCCUUGCAAAGUUAUCAGUAACCAUCUAGAGAUUAAGUCCACAACUGAGCAAGUGAUGGUGGAAAAUCAUACUACUGGUACGACUAGGGAUGCACAGGCACAGUCAAGUGUUUGUGCUGACAAUUUUGAAAAGGCGCAAAGGGACCCACCGAAAACAAAACUGUCCAAAGCCUUGAAUCAAGAGGGAAGAGGCCACAGUGAGGACAGCGAAUCUGAUGAUUCUGAGUCUGAUUCAGAUGAUGGGACUGUGCCUUUGAAACGACUGCACUCUGUAGUGGUCGUACCGAAGAAUUCCACCCUGACGUUAGAAGGGAAGGACGCUUCUGCAUCUUCCUCCGCUUCCAGUUGUGCCUCAGGGCAUCAGCAGAUGUAUUGCCCAACAGCUGAUGCUGAUAACAACAUAGAUAAAGAGAGUGGUCACCUGAGGCAUAAAGCAGCUCCCAGUGAUGCCUUUGAGAAUAGUAACCACAGGAUGACUCCUCAUCAACCUCUUGCACCUGUGCCUGCAGGCUACCUAUCACAGAGCAACAUGGUAGACAGCACAAGCCAGCUAGAUGCUCCCAAUGCCCUGUCUCACCCUGAAAGCAACUCUGUUCAUGCGGGAGUAAAAAUCAACAAAGUGUCAAGUCACACUGGGUUCUCCCAGCCAACGGAUCUCCUUGGGGACCCUGGCCAAAGUUACUCAAACUUUGAGAAACCAGACAAUUGGCACAGUAGUAGGACUAGCAGGAACGUAGCUAACUACAUGCCUGGAGAACUGCGCAACUCCAAUGACUUGAACACCAAGGAAGGUUUUAGUCCGGUGUUUGGUCAACAUGAACUGCCCAGUAGCACAUACCAGCAGCCUGACAGCAGCCAUGGGAUCUUCUCUCAGAACUCUUUACAACAAGGGCAUUUUGCCUCAGCCCAGCUCAUCAGGCAAGGUCAUGAUUACUGGUCGCAGCCUCUUGAUGUAAGAGUGCCCCAUUUACCUGUGCCUUCCCUCCGUCAAGACCAUGCAGGGCAGAUCCAUCCAGAUUCCCUCACCAACGAUCAUGAAGAGGAGGCUGUGUGCAGAGCAGCAGGGAUCUCUAGCAGAGCCCGAGAGUCAAUCGAACCACCUGCCCCUUCUGGUUUUGUACAAGCUAAUGAGAUCAGUAGCAAUUGCAAAGGGUUUGCCAGUACCACUCUAGAAGCUUUUGCACCUCAGGUCUCUAAAGAGGAGUCCCACAGGGUUCACAGAGGUCGAGGGCCACCCAAGAAAAGACGUCCAGAACUUGAGUCUGAUUCGGACAAUGAGGCUGAGGCAGGGUUAGCCAGCAAAAGAGAAUGUUUGGAGUCCGACCUCAAGGAUUCUACAGCACACAAAGAACAGAGGCCUCUACUCAGUCUUAGAGAUUUCUUUGAUCCUGGAGUGUGGAAAGAUAAAGCUAGAAGUAAGAAGAUGCCUCCGUACUUUGACCUCAUCGAAGAAAACCUGUAUCUUACAGAGCGCAAGAAGAACAAAUCCCAUCGGGACAUUAAACGCAUGCAGUGUGAGUGUUCAGUCUUGACAAGAGAGGAGAAGUCCCGAGGGAUGAAUGCCUGUGGAGAGGACUGCCUGAAUCGCCUCCUGAUGAUCGAAUGCUCUUCCCGGUGUCCAAAUGGAGUGUACUGCUCUAAUCGACGUUUCCAGAUGAAACAGCAUGCCGACUUUGAAGUUAUUCUGACUGAGAACAAAGGCUGGGGGCUGCGGGCUGCCAAGGAGUUGCCAGCAAACACUUUUGUGCUGGAGUACUGCGGUGAGGUUCUGGACCACAAGGAGUUUAAAGCAAGGGUGAAGGACUAUGCACGCAUGAAGAACAUCCACUAUUAUUUCAUGGCCCUGAAGAAUAAUGAGAUCAUUGAUGCUACUCUGAAAGGGAACUGUUCACGUUUCAUGAACCACAGCUGUGAACCCAACUGUGAGACACAAAAGUGGACUGUCAAUGGGCAGCUCCGAGUGGGGUUCUUCACCACCAAAUUGGUGGCUCCAGGGACAGAACUCACGUUUGACUACCAGUUUCAGAGAUAUGGAAAAGAGGCACAGAAGUGCCUGUGUGGGGCACCCAGCUGCCGUGGGUUCCUGGGUGGCGAGAACCGGGUCAGUGUCCGUGCCGCCGGGGGGAAGAAACAGCGGGAACGGAGCAGGAAGGCCGCACCGACCACAGUGGAUGAGGAGCUGGAGGCCCUGCUGGAGAAUGGGGAUGGGCUACAGGAUGAGAAGGAGGUGGUGUCUCUGUGUCGUCUCAUGGUGAGGGUGGAGACCAUGGAACAGAGACUCACUUGCCUUAAGCUCAUUCAGAACACUCAGAAUCCCUCAUGCCUGAAGCAGUUCUUGGAUCAUCAUGGCCUCUCAUUACUGUGGAUAUUCAUGGUUGAGCUUUCAGAGGCAAAAGGCAAUUCCAUUAAUAAUGUUAAGCUACAGCUGGAGAUCAUGAAGGCCUUGGGUGUGCUGCCAAUCUCCACCAAGAACAUGCUGGAGGAGAGCCGCGUGCUGCAGUUCAUCCAGCGCUGGGCGCAGAGUCGGCCGCAGGUGCUGCCCUCGGAGCAGGACGGCUACUCCAGCGAGAGCACGUCGCGCGCCCAGACGCCCCUCAACACCCCCGACGGCUCGUCCUCCUGCGCCAAGCUCGGCCAGGAGCUGGACGCCGACACGCCCAAGCGCGCCGUCUACCGCCGCCUCAAGAUCGUCAGCGAGAACAGCCUGGACAGCGCGAUGUCCGACGCCAGCAAGGCCUCGGACUGCAAGGAGGAGGACGACGAAGAGGAAGACGACGAGGAGGAAGAGGAGGAGGCGUCGCAGGCGGAGGCGGCAGGGGAAAGCCAAGCUCCGCCGGCUAACGAGAGUGGGCCUGAGGUGGCUGACAGCACGGCGGCGAAGGAGAGCGCGGAAGGGGAGGAAGAGCGCGUGGGCGAUGCGAAGGGGGAGGAAGAGGAGCAGCAGCAGGAGCCCCCCAGUGGCACAACAAAGGAGGAGGAGGAAGAGCUGAUGGAUACAGAGACUGCCGAAUCACCAGACGCCGGUCAGACGGACGUCACGACGCCGCGAGAAGCCGCGCCUCCUGCCGCAGAUGGCAGUGCUGAGAAAGAAGGGGAGCCCUCCAGCGAGACACCUACCAUCCAUCCGGAGGCGUCCGUGGAGAGUAGCGGUUCCACUCCAGCCCCCUCUGAGAACGCCGCGCCCGCAGAGGAGACUGCGGCCUCGGUGGAUGCCAUGCCCACAGAGCCCCCCGUUGCCGUGGGCGACGCCACUCCCCCCUCAGACGCUACCGCCGAGAAGGACGCCGCCGAGAUGCCUUGCGAGCCCAAGCCUGCUGCCUCGGCAGCGGCCACCGCCCCGGAAACUGUGCCGUCCGCCCCGGACAACUCGGCCACGGAACCGGCCAGCGUUCCGGCUGCACCAGCUGACCUGGUGGGUGUCGGUACGUCGUCUCAGGACGAGGAAGAAGGCGUGUCAGACGUGGAGAGUGAGAAGAGUCAGGAGCCGUCGUUCAAGACGGUUGACAUCAGCGAAAUGGCUGCGAGGCUACUGGACAGCUGGAAAGACCUGAAGGAAGUGUACAGGAUCCCUAAGAAGAGCCAGGUGGAGAAGGAGUCAAGUGACCGCAGCCGAGACAGAGACGUGCAGCUGACUCCUCGCACCCCGUCAGGCAGCAGGGAACGUGAGCGGGAGAAAGACCGCGACCGGGACCGGGACCGCGACCGUGACCGGGACCGAGAACGGGAGCGUGAACGCGAGCGGGACUGGGAACGAGACCGGGAUGGCGAUCGAGGGAUCCGAAGCGCAGAGCGUCGGCGAAGACGAGCCUCCCCUUCCCCACCUCCCCAGUCAUCCUAUGACAGAAGUCGACGGGGUGACGAGAGGUUUGAAGCCUCCAACAGCAGUAAGAAGAAAGGUCGCACGAAAGAGCGCAACAAGCUGUCCACAGAGGAACGCCGCAAGCUGUUUGAGCAAGAGGUGGCUCAGCGUGAAGCCCAGAAACAACAACAACAACAGCAGCAACAACAGCAGCAUCAACAGCAGCAACAACAGCAGCAGCAACAACAACAACAACAGCAGCAGCAGCAGCAGCAGCAGCAACUACAACAGCAGCAACUACAACAGCAGCAGCAGCAGCAGCAGGUUCAGAAUCUGCCUUUUGAUGCAAUGGUCUAUGGCUCCAGUCCUCAAAGCUACAUAACCUACCCGCCUGGGUACCCCCUCCAGACGUACGUGGACCCCACCAAUCCCAACGCUGGCAAGGUGCUGCUGCCCACCCCGCCCAUCGACCCCAUGUGCACGGGCCCCGUCACCUCGCCCCCACCCGCGGGCAUGCGCUUUGAUCCGUCGGUGCCACAGUCGCUCCUGUCUGAGCUGCAGCCCUCCGCCGCCAUCGUCCAGCAGGCAGCCGUGUCCACCGCGGCCGGUCUGCCCGUGCACAUCGCCCCGCCGAUGGAGCUGCAGGCCGCGGCCGCCGCCACCGCCGCCCCUCCUCAGUUCGGCCAGCCCGGCGGGCCGACCCCUCAGGACCCUGCGGGCGUAGCCGUCCUGGCGAUGCCCCCCCAGCCCCCCGGUGCUCAGGGCCAGCAGGGCUACGCCGCCCUGUGGGACCCCGUGGCGCUUCAGCAGCAGCAGCAGCAGCAGCAGGCGGUCACGGUGCAGACGCAGCCUCCGGCGCCAGCGCCACCUCAGCAGACGCAGCAGCAGCCGCCGCCGUAUCCCACCGCGCCACCACCGCAGCCCGCCACCAUCUACUACCAGGGCCAGCCCUGCCAGACCAUCUACAGCCUCCCCGCCCCCUACCCGCCCACCAGCACUCCACUGAUCCAGACGUACACGGAGCAGGCUGGCUACCUGCAGUACCCAGCCCACCAGCAGGGCCUGGUGGUGCAGCAGGGUGGCACGGUCACCACCAUCGUCACGUCCCAGCCGGUCCAGCAGGAGAUGAUUGUACCCAAUGGGAUCAUGGAUCUUCCCCCCCCUUCUCCACCCAAGCCCAAGACCAUUGUGCUGCCGCCCAGCUGGAAGGUCGCCCGAGAUCCAGAGGGCAAAAUCUACUACUACCACAUCGUCACCAGACAAACCCAGUGGGAUCCGCCUAAUUGGGAUGGUGGCAGUGACGAUGCCAGCGUGGGCCACGAAGCGGAGAUGGACCUGGGAACGCCGACGUACGAUGAAAACCCAUCAAAGUUCUCCACCAAAACGGCAGAGGCAGACACUUCCAGCGAGCUUGCCAAGAAAAGCAAGGAGGUCUUCCGCAAAGAGAUGUCCCAGUUCAUUGUGCAGUGUCUGAAUCCCUACCGCAAACCAGACUGCAAGCUGGGCCGCAUCAGCAACACGGAGGACUUCAAACACCUGGCCAGGAAGCUGACCCACGGUGUGAUGAACAAGGAGCUGAAGUCGUGCAAGAACCCCGAGGACCUGGAGUGCAACGAGAACGUCAAACACAAGACCAAGGAGUACAUCAAGAAGUACAUGCAGAAGUUCGGCACCGUCUACCGCCCCAAGGAGGACACUGGGGAGAUGGACUAAGGGAAGGGUGGACCUCUCAUCGUGUUGAUUUUUAAAAAAAAAAAGAAAAUUAGAUAAAAGAGAACAGAAACACGGAACACACACACACACCGCUGGGCUGUUCUCGCCUCACACACGCCAAUCGCAGCCGGGGACGGAGGGAGGAGGCCGAGGAAGCCUGGACGGAGGACGACGACGAACGAGACGUUUUCCCCUACAGCCCGCUCCUCCACCCCCUCCUCCUCCGCCCUGCCUGUCCUCAGAUGCGUGUGUGUGUGUGUAUGUGUGUGUGUGUGUGUGGAAUGAAGGAGAGGCAGGUGGCCUCACCCAGAGCACCGAGGCUCUCCUCCGAAGACUCUGUCCACACACGGACUCGUUCGCUCUCUCGCCGUCGAUCGUCCGUCACCGACGGGCGAAAGGAUCACUGAUGAAAACAAAACAAACAAACAAAAAAACAAACUGAUGUGCUCAUCAAUGCACACAGGGGUGCUAAUAUGAUUUCUCUUCCCCAUCAUGGAUGGCUUUUUACUCUUCUUCUUUUUUGUUGUUGUUUUUAUUUCCUUUUGGGGUCUCCUGCCGUGAGUCCUGGGGAGUGCUCCUCCAUCUGCUCCUCGAGGUUUUAACUGCUGUCCUCCUGCUCUCCGGCUCCUUCUCUCUCUUCGUCUCGUCUCGUCUCGUCUCGUCCUCUCCUGUUACAUUUUAAAGAUGGCCAGGCCUUGCGGUAAAGACUGCGUUUUUAAAAUAAAUUAAAAAAAGCAUGAUCUAGAGAGAAGAAGAGGAGAAGAAAAAAAAUGAAAGUAAACAGAAAUAGGAAAAAAAACAGAA